UACCUUAUUAUUGACGUCCUCUUCCAAAUUAAAGCCCUAGGUCGUGCAGAAGGCCGGCGUGCCAUGGCGGGCAUGUGGGCUUUAGACACGAUGGCGCUGCCGUCGGUGAAAGACAACAUGGAGGAUGCCUCUCGAUCGUCCGAAAACUUGACGGGAGUUGAUCAACAUGCGGCUGAAUCGUAUCCUACGGCUCCAAAGGCCAUCGACCCUGUGGAUACGAGGCAAAACUUCACGGAAGAGGCUUUGGUCAAGCUAGAAGCAGCCGCAAACUCGUUGCCUUUUGCCCACUUUUGUGACAAAUGUGAGAAAGCAGCCCAAGCUAAGAGUGCACAGAAGAAGCGUUCCAUUUUUUUCGACAAGGAACUAAUAUAUCGGCUCCAGCGUGCCUCGCCUGGGCCCGUCUCCAUCUUCCCAAUUUUGCGUUUUUUGCUUCCCGAGACCGAUCCACGGCAGGGACAGUUCAAGCUGAGGCACCGAACGAUGGGAGAUGUCAUCGUAAAGACUUUGGGCUUGGCGACGAAAUCUAAAGCGGCACUACGGAUCAUGAACUUCUCAAUGCCGGAACAUAACGGACCCAGGAUGGGACCCAAUGGUCGUAUUUUGAAUACAUUGGGGGACUUUGGCAGCACCAUUGAGGACGUGCUCGUUUCCCGCAUCCGACAGGUACACUUUCCCCCUCCCUCCCUUUAG